UUGUCUUUAAGUCUAGUUCAUUAUCCUCUGCCAGUCGCUUUUCUUCACAGCGCAUCUUCAAGACACAAAAUUGUUUUUAAUUCACCAAAACUCUUCAGCCCCGAUGUUUCUGUUCCUGGGGCCAUGGGUCUCUCUUUGUCUGCUUGUCGCCACAGUACAGGGUCAGAAGUCGCACAUGCUGCCAGAUUACUCCGACCAUGAGUGUGUUCGAACCUGCGUGAAGGACGCCAAGCCGAAGGAAUGUCAGUACAAGUUCGUUGUGGAGAGUUACUCCACCUUGUCCCGCGCAUGCUACAACUGCACUUCCGGUAACAUCACGGACUGUUUUCGGGGACACUGUAUCACCACUAACGGGGUCGUCAGGAACGUCCUGACAGUCAACCGCAUCCUGCCAGGGCCCUCCGUACAGGUAUGCAAGGGUGACACUGUGGUCGUGAAUGUCACAUCAUAUGUCGCCAUGUCAGAGGGGAUCACCAUCCACUGGCACGGAAUCCUCCAGAACGAGUCUCCUUACAUGGACGGGGUCUCCAUGCUGACACAGUGCCCUAUACCUGCUGGGAGCUCUUUUCAAUACAGGUAUCAGUGCACGAGCAGGACUAGCCACGGGAGAACUCUCUUACAUAGUCCUAUUUCGGGUGGAGGACGUGGCACUCACCUGUGGCACGCACACGCCGGAAUUCAGCGAGGUGAGGGGCUCUUCGGCAGCUUCGUUGUCCGUGUCCCGCAGCAGCUGGACCUCCAGGGCAAAUUAUACGACUACGACCUGCCUGAACAUGUUGUUGUGGUCAACGAGUGGACCAACACUCCCAUGGACGAGGUGCUCACCGAGGCUGCCUUUCGUGGCCAAGGAGAAAGUGCUGACACCAUUUUGAUCAACGGUCGUGCGUGGAGUGCCACAAAACGCCUUCCCAGAGCUGUCUUCAGGGUCAAAAGGGGCUUCAGAUACCGGUUUAGGUUUAUCAAUGCUGGAACCUUAUUCUGCCCGAUCCGGAUUUCCAUUGACGACCAUUCGAUGCUACUUAUUGCCUCGGACGGCAGACCCUUCGAGAGAUAUGAGGUCGGGUCUUUCGACAUGUUGAGCGCGGAGAGAUACGACUUCGUGCUCACCACAGUCAAAAAGAAAGGGCCCUUCUGGAUCCGCGCACGAGGGCUGGGCGACUGCGAGAAGGAGGAGGGCUUGGAGGAGCGGGCCAUCCUCUACUACGUCACCGACGACCAACAGCACCUGCAGGACGAUGCCCUGACGGUUCCCGUUGAACGACCGGCGCCGGAAAAUAACGGAAAUAUGUUCAACUACUGGCAGAUGGAGGCCAGGCCAGUACCAGAACGAGGCCGACCUGAGACACUCGGCGACUCGCGCUCGCAGCUGCUGGCUAUGGACGCUCUGGCUAAGGACGAUGACAGCCUCUUGAAGAAACCCGACCAUCAGUUCUUCCUGCACUUUGGCCUCCGAAACAUCAGCAACCUCCACUUCUACGACCCUGACCUUUACCCCGCCACCAGGGGCUCAUACCCAAAAAUUGCCUCGCCACAGGUCAACAACAUCACCAACAAGUUAGGACCAGUGCCGCUGCUUCCUCAGCGACGAGAAAUGCCAGAGAGUCAACUAUGCAACAGCUCGGCGCUGGGAGACAACUGUAUAGGCGACUGGUGUGAAUGUACCCACAUUCUCCGAGUCCAUGUCGGCGACGUGGUCGAGAUGGUCAUCACCAGCUCCAACCCCAAUCUCGGGUACACCCACCCCAUACAUCUGCACGGCUUCAGCUUCAGAGUCGUGGCUAUAGACAGACUGCAGCAGUUAAUGUCCCCAGAGUUAUUCCGUCAGCUGGACAGCAAGGGACUGAUAGCACGCAAGCUCCACCUGGCGCCAUUCAAAGACACAGUGGCGCUACCUAACGGUGGCUUUGUUGUCAUCCGAUUCGUUGCAGACAACCCUGGCAUAUGGUUCAUGCACUGCCAUCUCGAGUUUCAUGCUGAAAUGGGAAUGGCUGUUUCUCUGGAAGUCGUCGACAGACGAGGGGGGCUGCCGCCUGUCCCGAGAGGAUUCCCCCGUUGUGGCCCCUAUGAGCCUGUGUGGACAUCAGAUGAGGACUUUCUGGAAGGGGGAUCACUUUCACCUCAGAGAGAAUCCGAAUACCAAAGUACAGCUGGUCAUUCCGAUUGCAAGAACUAUGAUGUAGCUAACUCUGGAGUGUCAACGCUUCCUCUAUGGGCUCUUGUGACCAUCCUUGGUCUGGGCAUGGCAGUCGUCGUCCUUGCCCUCUUGGUGUCCAUUUUGUGGCUGAGGAACCUCGGACAUGGCCACUACCAGUGGUCCAAACUCCCAAGUUUCGUCUCUGACAGCAAAAUAAAACUGGACAUCGAUGAGCCUAACAAUCACCUGAUGUUUAACGGUUAUAAACACUAAUGUCUUGGUCACAAGAAAUAAUCGAAAAUAAACAAUGUACUCGACACUUGACAUUUUAUAUUGUAUAACUUUAAUGUAAUUUACUUUACCAUUAUGAGAUUGGGAAUAUUCAAACAUACUUUUGACAAAUCAAAGCAAAAUAUUGAAACCAACAUGUAAAAAUGAAAAUUUUAGUUCAGUUCUAAUCCAGAAAUAUAUCUGUGACCAUCAGCCAUAAAAUUAUGUAUGACCAUCAUGCAUUUAAAUGUAAGUCUCAUUACAGUGUUCCUUAUUUUGAGAUUGCAGAUAAAUAGAAACAUAUAUUCUGUGUACUACUUUCAUUUUGAAUCGAUGUCUUAAUUAUUCUUAUUUACAACUUGAUAUAAUUUAUAGAACUUGUGGCCACUGAAAUUGUUUAGCAAUAAACAAUUGCUUGGGCUGUGUACAUUGCUACAGAGGUUAUAUGAUCAUUUCUUAGAAUACCUACUCUACUCUCUAUGUUUGGAGAAAUAAAAUAUUUCAUUUAUUUUGUAUGCUUCACAAUUGUAUAGAAAGUGAUUUUAUUGUCAACAUCUGUUUUACUCCGGACUGAUCAGCAUGUUUGUAAUAUUGAAUCAGGGGCAAACCAUCUUUUAUCAGCAUUAAUGUUAUUGUUAUUGUUAUUGUUAUUGUUAUUGUUAUUGUUAUUGUUAUUGUUAUUGUCCAGCCAAAGCACUUCUGUUACAGGCGGAGGUUACAACUGAUAAAUAUUUCUCUGCAUAUUAUCAAUAAAAAAGGAAAAGCACCAU